GCAGAAUCUCAUCGUACAGUACCAAAAAAAGAAUCAGCCUUUUGUCCUAAACUUUUCUGUAUUUAGAAUCUGCAUUUUUUUUUCCUCGGGAUCUGUGAUAUUUUUCAUUGAAAAUGGCGCGAGGAAAACUUGAAGUACUUCUCGUUGGGGCUAAAGGCCUCGAUAAUACUGAUUUUCUCAAUAAUAUGGAUCCAUAUGUGGUUCUAACUUGUCGAUCUCAGGAGAAAAAAAGCAGCGUUGCAUCAGGGAAGGGAUGUGAACCUGAAUGGAAUGAAACAUUUGUUUUCUCUAUUUCUGAGGGUGUUGAAGAACUGUUCUUGAAGAUAAUGGACAGUGAUUCUGUAGGUGAAGACGAUUUUGUGGGAGAAGCCAAGAUAGCUAUUGAGCCAGUUUUUUCAGAAGGGAGCAUCCCAACAACUGCAUAUAAUGUAGUUAAAAAUGAAGAAUAUUGUGGAGAAAUUAAAGUUGGUCUCACUUUUACUCCUCAGGAGGAGCGGGAUUAUGAACAAGAAGAAAGUUAUGGCGGAUGGAAAGAGUCUUCUUAUUGAUGUGAAGCAUCAGUCCGUCGAUCAAAUUGAUGUUGUUCCUCAUAUUACCAAUUUGAUUCCAAACGUUGUGUUCCAAUAUAUACUUAAAUGAACAUGUUGGGGUUUUCUUUUC